AUGUUGGCUAAAGAUCUGGGGAAAAGAAGAGGCUAUAACAAGACCCAUGGUGCCCCUGAGCCAACCCAAAUCCCAGUCUGGGCAUCUAUUCAAUGUGCAUAGUACAUUUGUAGCCUCCGGAUUUCUGAAGCUAUUUUUAACUUGAGCUGAUCCUGAAUUUGAAUAGGUUGCCAUCAGGUAGCAGUGAUGGCUCUUUAGUCAUGGCUAAGUGGGUCAGACUAGAACCUAGCCAGGUUCUACAACUGCUCUGCCCCUGGAGUGGGGGUGGGGGACCCUUCAGCUAUCUCUUUUAGUCCUAAUUCUUUCCAGCUAUCCCCCUUCACUAAUCUUACCAUCUUGCCCUCUCCAGAUUUCCAGCUAUUCCAAGGGCAGAAAGUCCAAAUGUCCAGGUUUGGCUCAAAGAAUAUUAGCACCUGGAGUGCUCAAAUCCAGAUGUUUAACAAUAGCCUGGAAAAUGCAACUUCCGUCACUUCCCAGAGCCUGAUGCUAAAAGGCAGUUUGGACCACACCAGUAUGGAGAUCCAGAUGUUAAAAGAAGGUCUGAAAAACACCCGCACUCAGACACAGGUGACCCAUGAAAACCUGAGGAAGCUCAGCACUCAGAUCCAGGCGUUAAGAGAGGAGAUGAAGAAGGGCAGCGACUUAAAUCCACAGACUCAAAGCCCAAACGAUCAUUUGGAAAACACUAGCCCUGAGGUCCAGAGGAUCGAAGGAUGUCUGAAGGACGUGGAUGCCUUACAAUCGCCGGCCCAGAUGCUGAGACGCGAUCUGGACGAGGCCAGGGGAGAGAUAAAGACCUUAGAGGACGGUCUAAAGAAUGCCAGCGCUUUCAGUUCUGUGGCUGGCGCGUUACAGAGGGGUCUAGAAGCUUCCAAUGCUGAGAUCCGGAGGCUAAAAACAAAACUGGAAGGCCAAAGUGUCUUAAGUGUCCGGGUCCAAACGUUACAAAACAAUUUAGAGAAAAACAAGGCUGAGUUGCAAAGAGUGAGCAAAGACUUGGAGAAGGCUGAUGCUCUGCAUGCCCAGACCCAGAUGUUAAGAGGCCGUCUGGAAAGCACCAAUGCUGAGACCCAGGUCUUAAGAGGCCAUUUGGAAAAGACUGAUGCUGAGAUCCAUGAAUUAAAAUCGGGUCUAGACAAUGCCAGUGCUUGGGCACAGCUGGCAAAUAGCAGCCUCGAGAAUGCCAGUGCUCAGAUCCAGAUGUUAAAAGGGGAUCUUGAAGCUAUCAGUGCCUUGAAGCCAGAAGUCCAGCUCCAAAAUCAUUUGGAAAGAAGGGACACAGAGAUCCAGAUGUUGAAAGAAGGUCUGAAGAACGCCAGCACCUCAGCAUCCCAGACCCAGACUUUAACCAAAGGCCUGGCGAAAGCCCAUGAUGAGAUCCAGAGGCUAAAGAUGGGCUUACAAAGAGCAAGUGAUUUAACGUCCCAGAUCCCCGGAUUAAAAAGAGGCUUGGAUAGAGCCAAUGGAGAGAUACAGAAGUUAAGGGAAAGACUGGCCACUGUCACGGCCUUAAGGGACGAAAUCCAAAAGUUAAAAAGUCAGCAGGAGGCAGUCACCCAGCAACAGCAAGCGCAACAAGAUAGCAUUCUGAAGCUCGUUGUCCAAGGCUGGACCUUCUAUGAGGGGAAAGCAUACUACUUUUCAAAGGCCCAAAAGUCUUGGGAUGAGGCUGAGCAGUUCUGUGUCUCCAACGAUUCUCAUCUGGCCUCGGUGACCUCAGAAGAAGAACAGGAGUUUCUGAAAAAGAGGACAAAUGGAGUUUAUCACUGGAUUGGCCUGACCGACAAAGGAACAGAAGAUGUCUGGAGAUGGGUAGAUGGGACUCCUUAUAACGGUGCCAAGAGCAAAGGGUGAUUUUGGAACAGGAACCAGCCAGACAACUGGAACUAUGGUAAUGGCAUACAAGAAGACUGUGUCCAUUUCAUGGAGAAGUGGAAUGACAUAGUGUGUCACAGACCUUUCCCCUGGAUCUGCAAGAAGGUGGUGUGGCCAGCCAAGGGUUUCAAUCUCUCCCCCACCUCCAUCCCCACCCCUGCCUACAGAGAAAUAGACAUUAGUUUUGACUUAUAUAGCCCUAGUUUCAACUAAUUUUAAGGAGGUUGGACUUGGAGUCAUUUUGGCUUGAGUUUGAAUCCUUCCUCAGCUGUUUGUUGUAACUUUAGUCAAGGCACUUAGCCACUUGUACCUCAGUUUCCCCAUCUACAAAAUAAGGGAGUAGAACUUGAUUACUUCUAAGGCCUGGCCAGCACUAAAUUUAUAACCUUAGAUCAAAUCAAGCCCUAUUUCCUCUGUGACCACCACAGCCCACAUUGCCCUCUCCCUUUUCUGAGCUUCUACUGGUGUAUACUAGCUUUGGCCUAUCUUUUGACAUCACUAUUACAAUAUUGUACCAUCAUUUUCUGUUUCACACUUGGCAAUCUCAUCUCUCAAAUACACUUGGAACCCUAGCAAGGUUGGGCUCAAGUCUGAGAGCAGGUGUGAGACCCUAAGUCUCCCUCCUACGGUGCCUUUUAUUCAUACUCAAUAAAUAUCUGUGGAUUCACUGAGCAAUUUACAAUAUUCUCACAAGAUCUUUUGUCAAACUCACCUCCUCUCUCCACCUCCAACAUGGCAUACCCUCAGCCCUUGGAAUUCUCAUUAGUUGCCGGAUUCCCAUUAAGGCUUAGUCCUGAGUAUAAUUUUAAUUGACCCACACCCUGACCCCUGGGUGGAUAGUGGUCUGGAAAGUUUGGUCAUCUUCAUGAGAUUAAAUCACUUGACAGGCACCACCAUUCACAGAAAAUCAUCUCAUUGACUCUGAUCUUGCUGCCUAGAGAGGGCUGAGCUUUCCUAGGGAGUGAUUCAGACUCAACUGAUUUGAUUGGCUCAGGCUAUUCCAAAUGAACUGGAAACAACCCCUUGUUCUUCUAAGGAAGCUGAAUUUGCCCAAAUCAGUCGCCAAAUGGUGAGCAGUGGCCAAGCCUCCCAAUCACUUGGCUCAUGUAGCUGUGUGGAAGAUCCCUCCCACCUUAACCCAGGUCUACUCUUAGCUCUGCUUGGCUUCUCUAUUGACUGACUUGCAGGCAGGUCUGUCUGGCAUGGGCACUUAAGACCACUGAAUAAAUGAGACUCUAGUGGUCUUCUCUACUUACCCAUCAGAAAGGGGUAACCUUCUUCUCUAUUAUAGGGUUCAUCAUCCGUCCCCCACUUCUUCCCACCUCACCUCACACACACACACACACACACACACACACACACACACACACACACACACACUGAUAGGUUUAAUGAAUAAACAGAUUAGUCAAAACCCUGGAUCUAGUGUUUGGCUCAAACUACAUCCCAAAUUCUAUGUCCAUCUGAGUUCUAAUGUUUUAUAACACUAUCCCUUUAAUUUAAGUCAACAAACAUUCAUCGCUUAUUAUAUUGCAGAUACUGUGUCAGUCAGAAAUUCAAACACAAGCAGAAAGACAGUCCCUGCCUUGGAAUAGCUUAUAUUUGAAGAGGAGAAAAGUACACAAAAAGGCCAAAAAGCAGGAGUGAGGGAUCCAGAGGGGGAGUUCUGUGGAGAAAGUCCAUUGAGAGUCUGCAGUGCAGGCUGGAAAGAAAUGACAACAUGGCAGGGCUUGGUCCUCCUCCAAAUGGGGAUUCUGGGGGAGACCAGUCAAAUAGAAGGAGAAACUGCAGUAGCAAAGGACUUUUCUGGUGUGUGAAGUUCAGGAGUGGGUAGACCAAGACUCUAGCCUCUUCCUGGGCAUUGUAGAGAAAACCUAGGAGAGUUAGGAGUGCAUAUAGAGGUAGAAUUUGAACUCAAUUCCUCUAAUAUCCCAAGCAAUGCUCUUUCCACUAAAGAAAAGCUUGCAGACCCAUUAGUAAUAGAGUUGUCAAGCUUCUAGAUAUCUGUAAAUAGUUCUUAACUAUAUUUAACCUUUCACAUUGUAAAGGAUAAUUUAGCGUUGUGACCUAAACUAUGUUAAUUAUUUGGUUGCCAUGGAUGUCCCAAAUAUAAAAGAAAUAUAACCAAGUCAACUGGAAAUUUAUGGUGAUUUAAUUUAUAUGGUGGAAAGAAAUUAAUAAGAAGGAAGAAGGAAAAGGGUGUAGGAUUUCUCCUGCCUGGCUAGUGCCAGGAGGAAGACCAGAGGCUUUAGGAAGAUAAGGGUUUGAAGAGUAAGGGGGAAAGAAUCAGCCUGAACUCCAAAGGACUCAGCCAAGAUGUCUGAACCUGAAUCAGUUCAAGGACAAACUCACGGCCAAACCCAGACAAUAACUGCCACCAUGCCAAGAUGUUGGAACACUUAGCAGGCUGCCAGCCGGUCACCUCUCCAGGGAAAGAAGGAGAGAGAGCAAGUCACGUGCCUUAUAUAGACAGUUUUAUGUUACUUUCCUGCAUCUCAUCUGUGCCAAUGAUAGCUUAGCUUGACUUAGGACAGCCCAGGGGUCUGUCCACUUUUUCUGCACAUGUCUAUUGAAGGCCAUUUCCUCAGAUAAUUAAAUCUUUGAGUAUGGUGCAGGCAUCCUGACCUUGUUAAACUGAGUAAGGUGGAGAAAUGUAGAGUUACCAAGACUUGAUUCUGUUAAACCAAGUAUCUCCAUUGUUACUAUCAGGAAAUAGCUAAAUCAGAUCUUCUAAAGUAUGGCCUGAGUAGGGUGGAGUAGUUUUAAAAUUCAGCUUGCAGACCCAUUAGUAAUAGAGUUGUCAAGCUUCUAGAUAUCUGUAAAUAGUUCUUGACUAUAUUUAACCUUUCACAUUUAACACCACAAAUCAGAAAGAAGAGAAGGCAAUUUGGGGGAGGGAAGUUGUUGGAUCAAUCAAAGGCUGGUUGCCACCAUGCAGCCUUGAUCCCAGAUUCAAAUCUCACCUGACUCUUUAUACAUGAACAAUCCCUCUAGCUUCUGGUCUAAACUGAAACCCAACUAUCCAGCUCCACUAAUCAAUCUCUUCACUGUCUCAGUCACUAUCUUCCUCAUAUAUGAGUGGAUUCCAAUCAGCUCCUUGGGCUCAGUCUCUUGGAGGGUACAGUGUUUAGGGGUCCACUGAGAAUUUCUUUCUUUUUAACUAAGCCUGCUUGACUUUUUGUCAAGUAGAUUUAGUCCUAUAUUUGUUUUUCCCAGGGUAUUGUCAGGAUACCUGGAGAUAUUUUGUCCCAUUCUCGGGGGAUCAACUAGGGAAAUAAAAUGGGGUAACUUUUGUGCUAAAAUGAUUCAUAGAAGAAUUUCUACUCGGACCCACUGGAGGGGGGAAUAAGAGAGAGAGAGAAAGAGGGGGAGAGAGAGAAGAGAGAGAAAGAGAAGAAGAAGAAGAAGAAGAAGAAGAAGAAGAAGAAGAAGAAGAAGAAGAAGAAGAAGAAGAAGAAGAAGAAGAAGAAGAAGAAGAA